AUGCCAUUCCUAUCUCUUGGAUUAAAUCUCGCCGCGAAUUCUGUUGUCGAGCCUUUUUUCUAUCUCAAGCAGGCCGUUCGCCUCAACGCUCAAAACACUAUCAAGAGCAUGGAUGCUUCAACGAUCCAAGAUCAAGUAAGCAGUCCAUUCUUUUCGCUUGACAAGGGACCUGCAUUUUUAACCUCCCUGCUACCGUGUCAUCAGGAUGUCAUCAAGUCGUACCCCUUUGAGCUCUUCCCGAGCAAUAAACUCCUCACAUGGACUCCGCAAUCAGUUGUUGAGACUGCGAUUAGUCAUAACAUUUCGGCUGUAAUGGAUCUGGACAAUGACACAGUGGAAGAUCGCGAUACUUUGAUCGAUACCCUUACUGAUGGUGACGAAAGCAUGGUCACAAUUGAAGGUUCGCCUGCUAGCUCGCCAUCUGUACAAAGUGUAUCUUGCUACUCUUGCGGAUCGGAAGAGGAGAGAAACUCGAAUGGAUCCGACAGCUCCUUUAGUACACUCUUUCAAGAAGAUUCAAUCGAUAACUCUGUCAAUGACAUGUCUCAAAAACUCGUCACCUCACCGCUUUACGUAUCAGUCCCUCAUCACAAGGCCAUUGUAGCACUCACAAACGAGCCCCUUGCCAAGCCAAUCGUAUCGCAAAGCUGUCCAUGGCAAGAAGAGAUUGAUCAACUUUUUACCGAUGAAGAGUGGGACGACUACAUCAACGAGCUGGCGGAGGACCUCGAAAGAGACUUCCAAUGCGACUUUGAAUUUUCAUCCGACAACGAAAGCAUUAGCAGACCAGCAGAUGUUGUCGAAUGUAACAAGGGAGAAGUCGAAGCAAGACACAUCGAUGGAUUUAUAUCGUCACCGUGCAUACAUUCGAAAGUAGACGACUCCGAUAAAUCUUUUGAUAAUCUCCUCGACGGAGAGAGUAGCAUGCAUGAAUCCGAGGUUUUGGAUGAGAUUGAACAAACAUCAAAAGGUUCAAAUACACAAUCUUAUAUCAUCAAACUCCGUGAUCAAGAAGUACCAAAGAUCGAGUUGACAUCUGACGAAAGACACGCACGAGUCCUUCGACUGAACCCACACCUUUCACAUCUUUUCUACUGGGAAGAUUGA